GAAGGGGACUACGAACAGAAAAGAAAAGCUCUGAACUUCCGACUGAAUAAAACGGAGAGGCGGCGACUCGAAGGCGAAGCCCCAUCUCCAGCCGCGGCCCAGAUCGCGCACCCAGUCCUCGAGGCCGCCCCUCCACGCUAGGGGAUAUGGAGCGCGCCGGCGGCGGCGGAGCCGGCGUUGCGGGGGUCCCAGGGGCUGGGGAUGGCUCGGUGGCGCCGACGACUCCGGUGGCAGGAGUAGGAGCAGGUGCGGUGAAGGGGAGGUCGUGCAAGGGCUGCCUCUUCUACUCUUCGGUGCUCAGGUCAAAAGCGCGCGGCCCCGUCUGUGUCGGCGUCACCCGAGCCAUUCCGCAAGUUCCUGAUAGCAUGGUCGGAGAAAUUGAGAUGGAAGCUAUCCAAGAAGGUCGCAACCUUUCUAACUUCAAAUAUGCAUGUGCUGGAUAUUCCAUAUACCUAGAUGAAAAGGAGAACCCUACGGGGAAAGGAGAGAGGCGGGCAGAGUUGCCUAUUUGUGUUGGAGUUGAGCUAUUGGCAGAUAGAGGUUCAGCUAAACAAGUACCAGCUCACCCUAAAAAAGAAGCUACUCAAGCACAUGGAUACAAACCUGGACAGAGAGGAGAGGACUUCUUAACCAAAUUCCAGAGGAAUGCUGGACUUGUGGCCAAUGGUGUGGUUAGAAACCUGAAUAGAGUUGGGACCUAUGUCAAAGACUCGGUGGGUGAUAUCCUGUACCCAUACCGCAAGCGUCCCAAGUAAAACCUUGCUCAUGUUCUACUUCAAUCCUGGAGACCUAAAGAAUAGGGGGAGCGUGCUGAAACACCUGUCGUAGGAUUAGCCUUCGCUUGGUUUACUGAGGCUCUGGAUGAGAUUUCAUUGCGUGUCACCUCAUGCCUGAGGGUAACAGGCAGUUCUCCAGGACAUGUUUCUCUGUUUUACUGUACUACCUAGUAUUUGCUUGAUACCAAUGUUUCUUUGGUAGAGCCCAUCCCAUUCAUCCAUUUGCCGUGUGAUCUUCCAUAUUUUUCUGGGUUCCUCCAGCAAUGUAUGUAACAAAACAAUAAAACAGCUCAUCUUUGCCUAUUGAGGCUAUAUUUCGAGAAUAAUAAAGCUUGCAGCUUCCCUUGCUGGAUUUGUUUGA